AUCUUCAGUAAUCUCAGCAAGUUGAUGCGGCGCGCAGGAAAUGUAAGACAAAGUAACAUACUUUGCAUCAAAUGGAUAAAACUGCCCGUGCCCUGACCUGCUGGUGGUGUGGUGGGCGCUUGGUCACGUGUGGCCGAACAGCCAGUGGGAGUGAAGCAUGAGCAGGCGGCCCCGGCUGGCACCGAGUGAACGGCCGCCAGCGGGAAGCGGUGGCUGGAGAUCGAGCGCGGGGUGGCGGCGGUCCGAGUCGGGCCGGGCUCGAAAUGCCGAAUAAAAACAAGAAGGAGAAGGAACCAACUAAAAGUGGGAAAAGCAGCACAAAGGACGGACAGGAAAAUGCCGAGCAUGAGAGCUCAAACAAGAGAUCCAACAACAGUACUCCUCCUACAACACAGCUGACAAAGAUAAAGCUUCCUGGUUCCACUGCAAUAGUGAAGAAAGAAAAGCGACAGAGUUCUUCUAGGUUCAAUAUCAGUAACAACAGAGAACUACAAAAACUACCACCUUUGAAAGAUGUCCCUGCAGCUGAACAAGAAAAGCUUUUUAUUCAAAAACUGCGUCAGUGCUGUGUCCUUUUUGACUUUAUUGCUGAUCCACUUAGUGACUUAAAAUGGAAGGAGGUGAAAAGGGCUGCUUUAAGUGAAAUGGUCGAAUAUAUCACACACAACCGCAACGUUAUCACAGAGCCCAUAUAUCCAGAAGUAGUCCAUGUGUUUGCAGUGAACAUGUUUCGAACGUUACCACCAUCAUCAAACCCCACAGGUGCAGAGUUUGAUCCUGAAGAGGAUGAACCAACAUUGGAGGCUGCGUGGCCUCAUCUACAGUUGGUGUAUGAAUUUUUCUUGAGGUUUCUGGAGUCUCCCGAUUUUCAACCAAAUAUAGCAAAGAAGUACAUUGACCAGAAAUUUGUAAUGCAGCUAUUAGAACUGUUUGACAGUGAAGAUCCACGUGAAAGAGACUUUUUGAAAACAACCCUUCAUCGCAUCUAUGGAAAAUUCUUGGGCCUAAGGGCUUAUAUCCGAAAACAAAUCAAUAAUAUAUUUUAUAGGUUUAUUUAUGAAACAGAACAUCACAAUGGUAUAGCAGAGUUGUUGGAGAUUUUGGGAAGUAUAAUUAAUGGAUUUGCUUUACCAUUAAAAGAAGAGCACAAGGUUUUCCUACUGAAAGUAUUGCUACCACUUCACAAAGUAAAAUCUCUCAGUGUCUACCAUCCACAGUUGGCGUACUGUGUGGUGCAGUUCCUAGAAAAAGACAGCACCCUUACAGAACCUGUGGUUAUGGCAUUGCUCAAGUAUUGGCCAAAGACGCACAGUCCAAAGGAAGUGAUGUUUCUGAAUGAACUGGAAGAGAUUUUAGAUGUCAUUGAACCUUCAGAAUUUGUAAAGGUCAUGGAACCAUUGUUUCGACAGCUGGCAAAAUGUGUUUCCAGUCCUCAUUUUCAAGUGGCAGAAAGAGCUCUUUAUUAUUGGAAUAAUGAGUACAUUAUGAGCCUUAUCAGUGACAAUGCGGCGAAGAUCUUGCCCAUCAUGUUCCCAUCCUUGUAUCGUAAUUCAAAGACUCAUUGGAAUAAGACUAUCCAUGGAUUAAUUUACAAUGCUUUGAAACUCUUUAUGGAAAUGAAUCAGAAGCUUUUUGAUGACUGCACUCAACAGUUCAAAGCAGAAAGGCAAAAGGAGAAAGCAAAAUUGAAAGAACGUGAAGAGGCUUGGCUCAAAAUAGAGAAUCUAGCCAAAGCAAAUCCACAGACACUGGGUUCCUUUCGAAACUGGCCAUCCUGGGAACUGUCCAUGUGCCCAGUCUCCAAAAACCAGUAUCAGCUUUUAAUUGAUCCAAGUGGAGUGAAUAAUCCAGUUGCAAUGGAAACAGAUGGCCCCUUGAUAGAAGAUAUCCACAUGAUUCGAAAGGCAGUGGAAGAUCAAUCAACACAGGCGCAGAAAGAUCUUCGAAAGGAUCGUCCACUUGUGCGUCGCAAGUCUGAACUGCCUCAGGAUAUCUAUACAGUGAAGGCCUUGGAGUCUCAUCGCCGGGCUGAAGAGAUAAUAUCUGCUCACGAUGGGCAUUAGGUCACUUCAGAAAAAUAUUGUUUUUAAGAAAGUUAUUCUCUGAAAUCUGUCUAUUGUAGAGGCUAUUAUGCUUUGUGCCAUACCAAUCAGCUAUACAUUGAGUCAGUGCUUUCUUGAAUUCGGUUUGUAGGCAAUAACUUUACCAUUAUGAAGUCAAGCCUUGGUAGUUCAAACAAUGGUAAAUAGAGUAUAGUGUUUUCUACAAAAGGUGGAAUUAAAUCUUCAAGUUGUGAUGUCCACAGAACAGAAUUUAAAAAUUGUGGUUUCUAUUUUUUAUUUAAAGUCUUUGAAAAUAAAUGGGAUAUAGAGUCUAAACUUAUUCCUGAGAAGUCACAGACUGAAUUUUUAGUACAUAAAGUCACACUUUUGCAUUAUGACAUUUAACCUUAUUUACUUCACCCAAAUAUAAUGUAAACUUCAGUGUCACUUUGAGUUCAUUCAUCUGACCAUUUUAAAGGAGGAAUCUUUUGUUUUAAAUAAGUUUUUAUUAAUGUACUGCAUGAAAAGUAUCUUUAGUUUCGGGUAACAUUAAAAGAGAUGGCCUUGAUUUUUUUUUCUCCAUUCAGUAGUGACAUGUGAUUUUAAAAUGCUGCAAGGUUUUAUCUGUAAAUUAACUCAAUUUUAAAUCUGACUUAGUCCCUCACUGAUAUCUAAAAUAACUACAAUUAAUUCCUACUGAGAUGGUUUGGGUUUAAUCUUUUUUUACUCAAGUGCUUUGAUAUCUCAUAGCUUUAAAAGUUUGUCAGAGCUCUUUUAUUUCUCCAUGUAUAUUAUGCAAGAUAAAAGUAAGAAGUUCUGAUGAAUCUCCAAUAGUACUAAAUCAUCUGUGGCAAGUAUUCUCAGGGUUUGCUGUUAUCUUAAUCCAUUCCUUUGUCCUGUUAAUGUUUUCAAAUGUAGUUUUUCUGGUUCUAUAAUCUGAAUUGUCAGUUUGCUUUAAAUUGUUCUAUCUCAAACUUUAAAAAAAAUUAAGAUGCCUUGUGGAAAACAGACCUGGAAAAAUGUCAGUCUUCUAAUUUAAAGUGCACUAGAUUUUGGAUAUAAAAGAGAUGUCUCACACUGUUCUAAUUUAAUGUGCACUAGACUUUACAAAUCCUGUUAGAAUAUGAUAUGCUAGGUAUGUGAAACCAGUAUUGCAUAUCUGUUGUAAGCUGUGUGAAGUAACUGAUUUUGACUUGGUAAUCAGAAGCUAGUCAGAGGAAAACCAAAAAUUAAGUGUGCAUAUUCUUUUAGUAGUUGUUUGGUCAGUCUUGUAUAACUACAGCACAAAUUUUGCAAGUGAAUCAAAUCUAUCUGACAGUGGAUUUGUAAUGCGAAUGGCAAGAAUAUCUGCAAACACCACACAGUUAAAAUUUUCUCAUUUUCCCAUUUGUUUACAUUUUUAAGAUUUUUUUUUCUGAGCCUAGCUUGAUAAAACAAGUAUACAAUUGAAGGGAUAUUCAGGGCUAUAAAGAUGUUAAAUUUGAAGUUUUCCCAUCUUUUUAUUGUGUGAGAUAAAUCUUCAAAUUUCAAAAAGCACUUCCUGUUUAACUUGAAAAGUGAAUGUUUUUUAAAAAAAGUCCUAUUUAAGCAUGUAGAUGUUAAGUGUACAUUCACCAGUAGUCGAAAUCUCUUCCCAAUACUUGUUCUUUUAUAAUAUAGUAUCUUGCAAGCUGUUGCAGUGCUAUAUUUAUUUCCAUUGUUUGAACUUCCGUCUAACUUUGACUAGUAGUUUCUCAUAUUCAUUGGUUUUGGGUGUUCAAUAUGUUUGUGUGAGGUGUUGCAGAAGGAUUGUAAUUUUAUUUUGGCCACUAGAGUGUAUAUUGUUUGUAUACAGUUUGAGAUAUGAUCCUGUCUUCAGCAGUUUUAAUUUUAAGUAUCUAUUUGCUAAAGAUUGACACUCACCAAAUUGCAAGUCAGUUUUGAAUUGCAUUUAUUCUGUUAGUGUGAUUGGCAACAUUUUUACCUUUUAAUCGGGGAUUUGCAUUGCAGUAAAGAGGCUAGCCCUCAUUUUCCAGCCUGCAAUGGAUGAUAAUUGCACAGGUUUUGAGCUGUUACCAAAAUAGUAGUACCUCACUGUGCUAAAUAUUAAUAUCUUUAUUCAUAAAUUGGGAAUAUCUUUUUACAAUGUAAAAUUAUAAGGCUAGUUGGUAAAGAGGUGCAGACUCUGGAUGACUUGAUGUUGGGGGGGGGGGGAAAAAUCAUUCUGCAGACCAACCAGCACGGAAUGGAUACCCCACAACUAGCAUGAGCAGUAUUAUGUUAGGUAACAAAAAUUAUAAAUAUUUAAAGUAAUUCCAAAGCUUGUUCUGGUGACUGUUUUUCUUUAAGAGCAUAUUAAUAAUUGGCAUCUUUUAAGUUUCUUUACUUGUGUUUGUUUAAAGCCCUAAAGCCCUGUACAAGAAGAAUGUCUAGUAACAUGACAAGUGACCUUUAGUGUGAUACCUAUAUAAAUGGCUUCAUUUUAAUAUUGUACAUAUGUUGUACUUUGUUUUAAGUAGUGUAAUAUCUUAAAGUAGAUUUCAUAUUUUGUACAAAAUGGUCCUAUGUACAGAAUAAAAAGUUCCUAACAACCACGAAAGUUGAUAAGUGGCAAAGAUGUUUUUCUUGUAGAAAAUAUUUGCAAUGGUGGCAUUAAAAAAAAAUUGACAUGUCCCAAAUUUAAGCUGCUUCAAAGUUGGUAUGUUUUUUGUGGAUUAAGCACUUCACUGUGCACUUUUACCCAGACUAAAGUUUUU